CAGGAAGCGGCAAACGUCAAAUGUAAUAAUGAAAAUCAUCUUGGCUUCGUAGGACACAAAUCAGGGCAAAAUUAUCAACUCAUUAGGCUAGCCUUCAGAACACCUACAGCACCCAACACCACAUCAAUCAGUGGCUGGCGAUUUCGGUGCUGGAUUCGGUUGUUUGAAGAACCGCGCUCGCGGAUAUGGUCACGACGUCAACUAGCACUGUCGGUGUGUACAAAGCAUCUCAUACCAAGCAAGGUUCCUUCGAAGGGUGAGCUAAGAAAGAAACAAAUAGCAAGAAAAACGACAGCAACUGUAAGAGCGCCAAAAUGAAGAUAACUCUGAAAACUCUGAAGCAACAGACGUUCCACGUCGAGGUGGACGUCGAGAAAGAUACCGUACGGACGCUGAAGGAGAAAAUCUUCAACGAAAGCGGCCAGGCCUAUCCGGUAGAACGCCAGUGGUUGAUCUAUCUGGGCAAAGUCAUGGAAGACGCGGAUCCCCUCAGCCAGUACAAUCUUGACGACAAAAAGUUCGUGGUAGUUAUGAACAAGAAAUCGACAGGUUCUGCUACUGACACAGAAACCGGAGCCGGAGACAGUGCGAGCGAACGCCCUGGAACAGAUCAGACUCCGGCGGUCAACGAAACCGAAAGGCUUGAUAAAAAAGAGUCUGUAUCGGAUGAUGCUGUGGCUAAACCGAAAGGCGCAGCCGAUGAGUCCUCCAGUCAAAAUAAAGCAACAGCCUCAUCCUCAGCCUCUUCCUCUGCCGCUGCGCCCAGCGCCAAUCAGCGGAAGGCAAAAAGAAAUAAUGACUCCCCACAUACAUUCGACGAACGACCAAUUACACGCGAUACCAAUCGCGAACCGCGAUCCCGUGAGUUUAUGGAAAAUGUCAGACGACUAAAAGAGAUGGGAUAUUCGGAAAAUAGCGUCAUUAUCGCGCUAGAUAUAUGCAGCAACAAUCGAGAGGCUGCAGUCGAGUAUCUGAUGGAUGAUGCAUCCGACAGGUCAUCUGAUUUGUUCGAGUUUUCCCCCAGCGGUGUCCCACCCCCAUCCCCAGGUGCACCCGGGCUAGGCGUUGCCGGAUUGCAGGCUAUCGAUGCGGCUGGUGCUGCGGGGAACGAACGACCACUCGCUUUCCUGCGCGAAAAUCCUGUCUUUUUCGAAAUGAAACGUCUACUGCAGGAAGACCCGAAUCUGCUGCCCUAUCUGAUGCAUCGAAUUCAGUAUAGCAACCCUAAUCUGAUGCGCAUCAUUGCCGAAAAUCAGGAAGAGUUCCUCGCAAUGCUGAAUGAAAAUUCCGAUGUGACCCCAGCAGCACAGGAACUGGAGAGCAUUGCUGCUGCCAUGGUAAAUAGUCUGACUCCCUCCGAUAUGGAUGCGAUCGAUCGGUUGAAGGCACUUGGCUAUCCGGAACACCUCGUCAUUCAAGCGUACAUAGCAUGCGAACGCGACGAAUACAAGGCAGCAGAAUUUCUCGUCUCACAGAAUUUGGAAGAUGAAGAUUAGAUGCAAGUUGGAUCACCUAUUUUUCUCGAUGUUAAGCCAGGUCUGCUGAUAUCAAUGCUAUUUCUUUUUCUGCAGUUUAAGGUCCAAAUGAGACCGAAACAAUUGGUGGAGCGUCCACACGGUACGAUUUCAUAGGGAUUUGCCAGCGUAGAUCUUAUGUAAGCGUGGUGUGGUCGCCCUUUUUCCCCCAACAAACAUACAACACUAAUUUUCUAAUGCUCCCCAUACACGUUAAAUUCACAUUGCAAAAACAAAAAAAAAUAUUGAAGCAAAACUAUCGACCAACUCCAUCGAUGAGUCGGUCCAAUUCGAUCUUCAUGGAUGAAUUGAUUAAUUGAAUUUGAAAAGGAACAUCUUUGUGGGGCUUAACACACACACACACCACGCAGCGUUCGGAAAAAAGAACAUCCGAAUGUAAGAGUUAUCCAAAGGUAAAGACCGAGGCGGCGUUAGCAUAGUUUUAGAUUUUGUUACUACACACAAGCGUGUCAUUUCUCUGUUGGUUUCGACAUGAAGACAUAAUUGCUUUCUCAGAAUUUGAAGUAUAUGUCGAUCUAAGCCAUCGAUCUUAUGCAAAAUGCAGAAUCAACUUAAAUUUUGGUUUUCGAAGAAAUGCUGUAACGUUAGGAAAGCAUCAAAACUUAAACCAGCGCUUAUGUUUCCUUUCCAUUUCUCUUUUUUUUGUAUUAGUCCAGUCCAAAAAUACGAAUUAACGUAUUCGCAAAAUCUUGUAGUAGUGCCCUAUCUGAAGCACUCUUUAAUUCGAUACAGAUAGGUGAAGAGAAUGAAAUAAACUGCGAAUUGAAAUGAAUAAAAAUGAUUAUUACUGAUUA